AUGCAGGCAUAUGUCGACGAGUUGCCCGUAGUACAACCUCCAGAUGAGGUGCAGGAAGAUGGGGAGCGGAUGAGCGAGCAAUAUAGAAAGCUUUCUGACGCCUACAAAAACUAUGAACAGAGUCGCACAGAAGCAAGCACAUCCUCUUCAGUCCUAGAGCUACAAGCGUGGCAUGACAGUCAACCUCGUGCGGAAUAUCUCAGGACACUUGAACCGUCAAAAAUCAGCACCUUCUUCCUUCCUGUUUCAAGACGUAUUCUCAUCUAUCGCGACAAGAAUCAUCUGGAGGAUCAUCAACAGUAUAAAUCUAGCGGACGGGACUUUAGCGAAGUUGCGACAGCGUUAGUGGCGCAGGUUGGUCGUGUAAGGGAGCAAGCACAUCGAUUUUCUUCUUCCGACUUCAUCUCAAAAGCUCACGAGCAUCAGCGAUUCGAAGCUGAACAUCCCUCAAUGGAACCGGUCACCUAUAUGGACUUCUUUACGGUGAAACCAAGUAGUACAGUUGUACUGGGGACCAAACGAGAAACUGAGGUGCUCACUCGUGCACUCAAGAGGAUAGCUGAUGGGAAAGUACCAGUAGAGAGUUCAUCAGUUCCGGAUCGGAAAGAAGCCUUAAGACUGGAGCGACGCUUCCAAUUUGUUCUGCUUAGUAGCCCACCUAUCUUGCAUCUCACCCGAGAGGAAGUUACUCGUGGCUCAAGGGGCAUGCCCAGAGAAAGGAUGCAACCGAUUAUGGACCGGGUGCCUCCAGAGUAUAGGCGCUUGCUAGGUGAUGUACUUAUUGCGUAUUGGAGUGAAGAGUCUACCAGAUCCACUGGAGAAGCUUGUCUUCUGUUGACACAUCGGCCAGAGGAUGAAGUAUUGCACAUCCUUCGAGACAUAUAUAAUAAGUGGGACUUUGAGAACAAUUGCGCUUUACACAAGGGAGUCAAAAGGAUCUGGUAUAGACCCUUGGGAAAGAUCUGGCUUGUAUGGGAAAGAGGAAAGAUGAGAUGUGCAGCACUCAAGUCAAUGAUUCAAAAACUUGAAAUCUGGGCUAUGAAUCGACGGAGAUAUCUCCCAAAUAAUGAUCCAAAUGGAUAUGAAGACCAUGCCAGGCUCGAGACUUUGGCCAACUAA